AUGGCUGCGCGAGACCCGGCCUUGGGCUGCCUGCGUGGGAAGGAGCAGCUGCCAGCUUUCACCUGGGAGGUGAGGGCCAAUGACCGGAACUACCACAUGCAGUUCAAGAAGAAAUUUGCCUUCUGUCUGACCAGGAAGAAGUACGCGGGCAAUGCCAUUAAAACAGCCAAGUACAACAUCUUCACCUUCCUACCACUGAACCUCUACGAGCAGUUCCACCGAAUGGCCAACGUCUACUUCGUCUUCGUCAUCCUCUUACAGACCUUCCCUCAGAUCUCCACACUGCCCUGGUACACCCUGCUGUUCCCCUUGAGCUGCCUUCUCACCAUCCGGGGUCUACGAGACCUGAUCGAUGACAUUGGUCGUCACCAAAGUGACAGAAACAUCAACAGCAGACCAUGUGAAAUCCUGUCCGGGAAGAGCUUCCGCUGGCAGACAUGGCGUGACAUCUGCGUUGGGGACAUCAUCCGCCUGCGUAAGGAGAGCAUCGUCCCGGCUGACAUCUUCUUGCUGAGCAGCUCAGAGCCCAGCAGCCUGUGCUACGUGGAGACUGCUGACAUCGAUGGGGAAACGAACCUGAAGUUCAGACAAGCGCUUCUGGUCACCCACCAGCAGCUGGUGAGCGAGGAGAGCAUGGCUGCCUUUGACGGGAGAGUGACCUGUGAGGAACCCAACAGCCGCAUGCACAGCUUCACCGGCACGCUGGAGUGGAGGGGUGAGACCUACUCGCUCGACAGCGAAAGGAUCCUGCUGCGAGGCUGCAAACUUCGCAACACCGACGUUUGCUAUGGCUUGGUCAUCUACGCAGGAUUUGAUUCCAAAAUUAUGAGGAACUGUGGAAAGAUCAAGAGGAAGAAAACCAAGCUGGACCGCAUGAUGGACCGGCUAGUGAUCAUAAUCUUCCUGGUGCUGUUGGUCACGUCACUAUGCCUCACCAUUGCCUCUGGGUUCUGGGCCAGGAUGUUCCAGGAGAAGCACAGCUACCUCUCUGCUUUCUACAAGCACACCACCCCUGCCCAGCAGGCCUUCUUCAACUUCUGGGGCUUCACGAUCCUCCUGAGCAUCAUCAUACCCAUGUCCAUGUAUAUAACGCUGGAAUUCAUCUAUCUGGUGAACAGCUUUUUCAUCAACUGGGAUCUGGAAAUGUAUUACGCCGUCAAGGACAUUCCAGCUAAAGCCAGAAGCACCAGCCUCAAUGACCAGCUUGGCCAGAUCGAAUAUAUCUUCUCAGACAAGACCGGCACCUUGACACAAAACAUUAUGAGCUUCAAGAAAUGCUGUAUCAAUGGGAUCAUCUAUGACCAGAUGGUUUAUCAAGCAGCUUCACCAGAUGAAGAAGCACUGGUGUUGGCAGCCAGGAACUUGGGGUACGUCUUUCUGACCCGAACACAAGACACCAUCACCAUCAGUGAGCUGGGGAUGAAGAGGACCUACAAAGUGUUGGCCAUGCUGGACUUCAACAGCGAUCGCAAGAGGAUGUCUGUCCUGGUGCGAGACCCCCAGGGCACGAUCCGGCUCUACACCAAGGGUGCUGACACUGUCAUCCUGGAGAGACUGCAGAGGCGUGGGCCCAACGAGACCUUCACUGAGAUGGCACUGGAUCGCUUUGCAGAGGAGACACUGAGGACUUUAUGCCUGGCCAGCAAGGAGGUGAGCGAGGUCGAGUACAACGAGUGGAGCAGGAGGCACCACGAGGCCAGUGUCCUGCUGCAGGACCGCGCGCGGGAGCUGGACAAGCUGUACGAGGAGAUGGAGCAGAACCUGCAGCUGCUUGGGGCCACAGCCAUUGAGGACAAGUUGCAAGAUGGAGUCCCUGAGACCAUCCAGCUUCUGAAACUGGGCAACAUUAAAGUGUGGGUGCUGACAGGAGACAAACAAGAGACCGCCAUGAACAUUGGCUACGCGUGCAAGCUGCUCACGGAUGACAUGGAGAUCCUGGAGGAGAAAGAGAUCAGUGAGAUCCUCAAGGAUUACUGGGGGAGCAACAACAACCUCAACAGGGAAGCCCUGUGCAGUGGCCACCUCUCCCAGCAGCGCCCAGAGGCUUCGUGCCACAAGAAGAGAGCUCUCAUUAUCAGCGGAGACUUCCUGGACAAAAUCCUCCACACGGGAGAGGUGCUGAAGGAGAAGAAGGGACGGCUGUGGCGGUGGCUGGCUUGCUGCAGGGCUACGGGCUCGCAGGAGCAGGGCAGUCUGGUGGAGAAGGUUUUCGUGGACUUGGCCACCAGCUGCCAGGCAGUGAUCUGCUGCAGGGUGACCCCCAAGCAGAAAGCCCUCAUCGUGCAGCUGGUGAAGAAGCACAAGAAGGCCAUCACGCUGGCCAUCGGGGAUGGGGCCAACGAUGUCAACAUGAUCAAAACUGCUGACAUCGGGGUGGGCAUCAGCGGGCUGGAGGGCAUGCAGGCCGUGCAGUGCAGUGACUACGCCCUGGCACAGUUCUCCUACCUCCAACGCCUCCUGCUCGUCCAUGGCCGCUGGGCAUAUCUGCGCAUCUGCAAGUUCCUCCGCUACUUCUUCUACAAGACCUUUGCUGGCCUCAUGGCUCAGGUCUGGUUUGCUUUCCACAGUGGAUUCACAGCUCAGCCUCUGUAUGAGGGCUGGUUCCUUGCGCUCUACAACAUCUUCUACACCGCCUACCCUGUGCUGUCUGUGGGCCUUCUGGAGCAGGAUGUGAGUGCCAAGAAGAGCCUGGAGUUCCCGGAGCUCUACGUGAUCGGGCAGCAAGACGAGCUCUUCAACUACCGUGUUUUUGGCGUCACCGUCCUGCACGGGGUCAGCACCUCACUUGCCAGCUUCUACAUCACGCUCUGGGCCUUCGAGGACCGCGUUGGCAGCAAGGCUGUCGGCGACUACGAGUCCUUUGCCAUCACGGUGGCCACAUCAGCGUUGCUGUCAGUGCUCAUGGAGAUUAUCCUGGACAUCAAGUUCUGGACGGUGUUGUCCUUCCUGCUGGUCACAGCCAGCCUGCUGUUCUUCUGCCUCUUCUCCUUCCUGACCCAAAGCAUUGAUGCCUUCAGGAUAGCCCCUGCCAUCUUCCGCUUCCCAGACGCCAGCUGGAAUGCCCUGACCGACCCUUAUGUCCUGCUCGUGGUCCUGCUGUCCCUGGUGGUGAACACCAUCCCCUCACUCACCGUCCGCUUGUACUGCACCAUCGUGGGCAAAAACACCACCCAGCAGAAGAUCCACCUGAAGGCCAGGCAGGAGCCGGAACCCUCGGUGGAGCUGCGUGCCCACAUCCCUCGCGGCUCCUUCCACCACCGCUCCAGCUACGCCUUCUCCCACCAGGAGGGCUACGCUGGUCUCAUCACCCGCGGGGACAGUCUGCGUGCUGGGGGCACCCGCUGCACCACCCAGGGUCUCCUACACCCAGAGACCACCCUGGCUUUGUCCUCCCUCCCCAGCCCUUCAGCGUAG